CGUUUUCCUUAUAUAUAUCUGUGUCUUCAAAAAGUUUUAGCCUGUUAUCUUCUAUAUUUUCUUACUUCUUUUUCCUCCUUUGAAAGCUGCUUUGCUGGCUUCUUACAUUCGUACCAUAAGAUAUUAGUAUUCAAGCACAUCUGAAGCCUAUGGAAGCUGGAAGAACAUUAUGUUCAACUGGGUAUGGCAAGCCUCCAUGGACAUUUAAAGGCAGUGCACUAUACCAGCUCCAUCUUGUGAAGGCAGAAACUGCUCGAGCAUUCAUCCCGAAGGAGCUGAGAUUGGUUGAAGCCUUUGGAUACACCCUUGGUGGCUUUUUCCUUGCUAACUAUGAGGACAGUCCAGCUGGGGCCUUUGAUGAGCUUGUGGUGAUUGCAGGAAUUGUGUGGAAUCCCCCAACAUCUUGCGCUCUUCUUUUCUUCUGCAACAGAUGGGCUGCUAGGGUGUUCGUGAACAGUGAUGAGGCUUGUGAUCAUGGAAGAAAGUAUGUAGGGCUUCCAAGUCAGGUUGCAAGAUUUACAAAGAGAAUCACUACUGUUCGAGGGCAACCGAACCGAAAAUCCUGUAGCUUUCUGAACAUGCUUGGUUUAGGCACAACGACAAAAUGCUUUCCAAAGGAUUUCAUGGAUUUACAAGUGAGGGAAAUCAAGAGUCAUGCUGCCACAGAUAUUUGUAACAUAAAACUUCCGGCUAUAGGGCCUGCGCCGAAACACGACAAAAAUUUGGGGCUUGCAGUUAAAAUGUCACUGCCAAGUUUCAGUGGCCUUUCAGAGUAUAUUCCCAACCUUUUGAAGUAUUCUUGCCAUAUUGAUUGCAGGGUGAGAGCGGUGGAGCCAGCAAAAGUGUCAGGGCCAUCUUUUGCAACGGAAGAGGACACAGGGAAAAGUUUGCAGCACCUCCAUGCUCACAAAUCAGCAAACUCUACUACUAAAGAACUCAUAGAUAAUGAACGCAACUUGAGCAUAUCUGUAAUGUUAUCUAAGCCCUUAAUAGCUUUGGAAUUCAACUGUUUGAAAAUGCGAGUUGAAGCUCCCAUUGUUGUUGCCAAUUGCUCGAAAAGCUCUUUAAAAGUUUCUUGAUCAUUAAUGUACUACCUCAUUUCCUGAUCAAGUUAAUAAUUUUCUUUUUACAUGAAAUAUGCUGCCAUAUCUAUGGGAUGACAAGUUAUUCGAUUAAAUUAAGAGUGAACACAAUCAGAGUUGGCUUAAGUUUAGAUCAUUAUUCGGUUUGACCAAAUCAAGGUCGAUCAGAAGAAAUUUCAGUUUGAGAUUGAAGCCUUA